CAAAGUAAUUACGUCAGGAAUUGGCGACUUCACGCCUGCGUACUGCAGAUCCAGCGCUGAUGCAAGAAAUUUUCGGCGCAGCAUUGUGGGGCUGAUCGAGGGACAAAAAGUAGCCAGAUUUCAGUCACUUUUCUGUCCGCAAACAUGUCAGGAGACGAGAUGAUUUUCGAUCCCAACAUGACCAAGAAGAAGAAGAAGAAGAAGAAGCCCUUCAUGCUGGAUGAAGAAGGAGGCGAGGGAGUGGGAGGAGAAGAGGCUAAAGAGGUGGAGGCGAAGGAGGCCGAACCAGAGACCGGAGAUGACAAAGACAUGGAUCUAGAUGAAGAUGAGGGCAGGAAGAAAGAGCCGUCCGAUGACUUGAACGACUUGAACUUCUUCAACCAGAAGAAAAAGAAGAAAAAACCCAAGAAAGUAUUUGAUAAUGAUGUUGAGGAGGGAUUAAAGGAGCUGAAAAUUGAAGGAGAGCAGACAGAGGUGCUGGAGGAGGACAACCUGGACCUGAUGCUUCCUCAAAAAAAGAAGAAGCCAAAGAAAGUGGACUUUGAUGAGGGAGAGACACUGGAGAAGGAUGAUGCAUUGGAGGAUGAUGAGGGGAAGAACAACGAUGGAAUCUCAUUCAGCUCCUCCACAGGACCGGCCUGGGCUGGCACUGAAAGAGACUACACAUAUGAUGAGCUCCUGAACCGAGUCUUCAACAUCAUGAGAGAGAAGAACCCGGACAUGGUGGCCGGAGAGAAGAGGAAGUUCGUGAUGAAGCCUCCUCAGGUGGUCCGAGUGGGAACCAAGAAAACCUCCUUCGUCAACUUCACAGACAUCUGCAAACUGUUGCAUCGUCAGCCUAAACAUCUCCUCGCUUUCCUGUUGGCUGAGCUUGGAACAAGUGGUUCCAUAGAUGGAAAUAACCAGCUUGUGAUCAAAGGCAGAUUUCAACAGAAACAAAUAGAAAAUGUGUUGAGAAGAUAUAUCAAGGAAUAUGUGACGUGUCACACCUGCCGCUCCCCAGAGACCAUCCUGCAGAAGGACACUCGCCUCUAUUUCCUGCAGUGUGAAACGUGCCACUCCCGUUGCUCCGUCGCCAGCAUCAAGACCGGCUUCCAGGCUGUGACGGGCAAGAGGGCGCAGCUCCGCGCCAAAGCCAACUAAAGACCACCGAAACCGGGCUCCCACCCCUCUUCUCUCGGCCUCCACGUUCCCUCAGAAGGGCCGAAGCCGGAGGUCGGACGCCCCCUUGAUUUGCUAAAAGGACUCUAUAAAUCGAACUGCGGGAGGGUUUGGCUGUUGUUUAGUUGUGUCGUGGCCUAACCAGGCAGGGAGUGAGAGAGUAUCUAAAGCUGACUGACGGGGUUCAGGCACCGUAAGCAGAUGAUGUGUACCGCACACACUGUUGGAUGCGUUUGAUUUGUUGUCUGGCUGAUGAACCCGCCACCUCCUUGUUUUUUUUUCUCCCCAUUUGCUGUGAUUCUUGAUUCCUGCAAGAAAACCCUGAUUUAAUAUGGCUUCUUCAUUCCUUCCUCCUCCCAUUUUGCAUACACCAGACAUGAAUGUUUCUUUGGAUAAGGAAAACAUUUCUCCAUGCAACCAGCCACACUGUAGUUAGGCUAAGUUCAUCUACAGCGACAGAGCCCUGUUGCUCUGGUAACUGUAGUCAUGUGGCCCAUGUGGUCACCUAUUUACUCUUGAAUUCCACAUUGCUUAAACUCAAGAUUGUGUUCCUGUUUCUGGUCUGGUCUUAAAUCAGAAAAACGGACAGUCCAGAAUUUCCUCCUCCAGCUUAUCAAAGAUAGAAAUCAAAAUCACUGGGCUUGAGUUUGUCACUGGAACUAGUCUGUGAUAGGCUCCCAACACAGAUUUUGUUUGGAUCAUCUUAUAGCAGGAAAUGACCACAAGGUCAGACAACGAGGGUUUGAUAAAGGGGAGAGCACAUUCUCACAGAAGACUUUAAUAAAAAAUAGAUUUGUGAGACAGACAGAAAUUAUACAGUGUGUUUGAGUGCUUUUGUGGCAUUGAUGAGUGUACAUUCUUCCUUUUGACUGACUUCUGAAGGUCAGCACAUUUUACCAAACAUUAAAGAUUUGAUGUGAAAAUGAUUACGAUGAAUUGCCUCCCCUUAAAAAGAGGUCAGUCUUCUCGAACAGAUCUUUAUUAGUAAGUGAGAUUCAAGAAAUUUACAUCACAAGCUAGCCAGGAUAUGAAGAGUUUCAGCCCGGUGACACUGGAAACUACAUGAUAAACAUGAUAUUGGUUCUAUUCCUGUUGAAGGAUAUGGAUAUAAAGGUCUGGUUGGAUCAUUUUAAAACCUGGUUUUUACAAAAAUAAACAUUCUACUCUCUCUCUCCA